AUGGCCUUUCAAUCGGCCUUCUUACCAAUAUUGGUCUUGGGACUGAUGACUAGUUUGGUGCGUUGUGCCCCCUUCACUGGCAGGCUGAAUGGCACGGUGGAACGACGCUGGGAGACACUGUACUCGCGGUCCUUGGCUCGGAUCCCUGGGGAGAAAAGAGAGAUAAACCGGGACAGCGACUAUCUUAUGGGCAUUAAACGGCUACGACGCCUUUAUUGCAAUGUAGGAAUUGGGUUUCACAUUCAAGUUUCACCCGAUGGGAGAAUAACAGGAGUGCACAAUGAAAACCGUUACAGUCUCCUUGAGAUAUCUCCAGUAGAGAGAGGAGUUGUGACAAUCUUUGGCGUCCAACGCGGUCUAUUCGUGGCCAUGAACAGCAAAGGGAAGCUGUACGGAUCUGUUCAUUACAACAACGACUGCAAAUUCAAAGAAACUCUCCUGGCAAAUAAUUACAAUGCUUACGAAUCGGUGGCAUACCCGACGAUGUACAUUGGACUAAGCAAGACUGGUAAAACAAAAAGAGGAAACCGAGUGUCACCAGCCAUGACGGUGACGCAUUUCUUGCCAAGAAUCUGA